AUGGGAAUGCGUUUACGGAGAUUUUACACAAAAUGGACAUCAAUCACGAAGUUGAUCUUUUUUUUAUUGAUCGGGUUUUUGAUUUGGCGGACAAUUCUCAACACCGAUCACUCUUCAACAAAAGUUCAGAUGGAAUUGCUUUUCGAAGAGCCAUUCCUAAAUCCCGAUCUUCCACCAAUCAAAACCGAAGAAUGGGCUGAGCAACUUCAAUCGUUUUUGAUCGAAUCAGCAAUCCAUCUCGACUUGCCAACGCUUGCCAGUAACAUAAUGGAUGCAAUGAUUCAGAUUGCAAAACGUAAUCAAAUGCGAAAGAUCAUUUUCACGUGGACAAGUGGAGAUUGCGAGGAAACGAAGGGAUUUUGGGGGAAACUGAAAGAAAUCGCUCCGAAGAAUCAGGGGAAAGGAGGAUUUCAGAAGUUAAAAAAUUUCUCGGUGACGAUUCAAUGCAACGAUGGACAAAAGUUUCAUAUGAGA